GUCUCUCUUGAACACAAGGUAGUAGACACUUAUUUCAUAGGUAAACGACAUUCAUUUUUCAGCAGCAGCUAGAUGGCAUAACAUAGAGUUAUAAACACACGCACACUAUAUAAAUAUAUAUAUAUAUAUAUACAUAUAUAUAUGAUCAUAAUACAAAAUAAUAACAUGAUUACGUUUUUUUAAUAUUAUAAAUUAAGCUACCUGGAUAUUAAUUAUAUAAACAUUUUUUUUUCAUCAAAAACUAUUUCUUAUAUAUAUACAUAGGGGAACGAUUAAAUCAAUUAUUGUUUUUAAAAAAAUCGUACUUGGAUUCUAUUACAGACAGACCUUUCGCAAAAAAUAUUAUAACGUUUUCAAUGUUUGGAUUAAUUUAUAACACGUUUUAUCGAUCUAUAACCGAGCGACGUUUUCUAGAUGGGAUGCGUACUAAGCAAGAAAUUUCUCUCCUAGGAAAAUGGACAGACCAUUAAGUGGAAGGUUGUGCAACAGAGAUGAGACUCGUCUAAAACAAAACUAUGUUAAAGUGAAAGCAGGCAUUGAGCCUAGACGAAUGAUAGACUUUUUGUUUUCAAAAGGAUUCCUUAACAAUGAUGAGAAAGAAUUAAUUAGCAAUAAGCAAUCAAGAGAGGAUCGAGCCGAAGUUUUGUUGCAAAGAGUUUUACAUUGUGGUCCAGGAGAGGGAUAUAGUAUAUUUCUCCAAGCGUUAGACGAAGCAGGCUAUAGUCAUCUUUCAACCCUCCUGAGAUGUCCGGGUAUGCGUAUACUUUGUGUGUAAUUUGUAAUUAAGAAAUCAUAACAAUAUAGAACAUAAAAACAAGGAAUCAAUAAAUGAAAAUCAUAUUGAUUGUUACAUUUCCAAUCAAUAUUAUAAAUCAAAGUAUAUGUCUAAAACCUAAUUAACCCACUAUAUUGAUUUUAAUGUUUUUUUUUAAAUAAUGUAUAACUGUUCUUCACUGUCAACUUUGUUUCUUUAUAUUUCAGAACAAAAUGCAAUGAACCAGGCAGCAUCUAAUGCCAUUCAUAAACCAGCGAGACAUUAAUCUUAAAAAUAAUAAUUUUAACUUAUUAUUAACCAAAUUAUAUUUUCAAUUGUUUAAUAGUCAGAAAUUGUGCAUAUUCAUUUUUGCACAAAUUUAAAAUAAAUAUAUAUGUAUCUUGUAAACAAAAACAAAUAUAUAUUUAUAUUAAAUAUUCAUUUUGUAUUAUUCUGCUAAAUUAAUUUCAAUGCAAAUCAUUAGAAAGAGAUUAUGAAGAGUAGCUGAAUUGCAACAAAUUAUUCUCAUGUCCGAGUAAAACAAAAGACUUGACAACCAAAACAAUACCAUCUCUCAGAACGGAUGGGACUUGUUAUCCUUGGAUGAAAACUAAUCUAAAAUAAAGGCAAACCCGGAGAUGAAGUACAGUAGGUGGUAUGAAAUUUGCACAUGGGAUAUUCCAACAACUUCAGCAAAGUCCAACGCAUGAAUAGAACACCAAUUAAACACAUAGUCUACUUUUGGGUACCGGUACAUUAAUAAUGUACAUGGACUAAGUUUUACCAUUUUAUCAUAUAGUCAAAGCGACUAGAGUAGCUAAAUAAAUACGCUUCUUGGUCAAUGUAUGAAAUAUUUCCUAAAUAAAUUCUUAGAGGUACUGCUUCAUUAACCUCAUUUACAUAUCAAAUAUCAAAUGCUGAAAUACUUUCUUCAGAGUAUUGUAUCUUGUAUGCAGUGGAAUGCACCCUUAAGGCAGCACAAGCUUAUGGUUCACCAUAAAUAAAUGUACGAAAUGUCAGAAAUUAACUAUGAAUUGUUCCUGCAAUAUAUUUAUUGGAAUAUACAUAAAAAUACAGAUAUAUUUUUACAUUUUACCUAUUAAUUACACAUUAAUUUUUAUUUUUAAAAUGAUGCAUUGCUUUAAAACAGUGAUGAUAUCUUUCUCUUUUUUACUGAACGAAACGUACAAUAAAUUAUACUUGUAUCAUCUUUCAAAUAAAGUUUGUAACCUCAAUGAUGAACAGUUUCUUUAUUAUUUUAUUUGGACUAAAUAUUUUCAUUUCUUUCUUUAAUGUUUGGCAAGUUUAAAAAAAAAUAUUGAAAAAUAUUAAAUAUCUUUUUUUACAGAAAUAAAUUUCCUGUUAUUGUAUUAAGAACAAGAGAACUUACAAUUUUGAUACUUAAACCGUAACGAUAUUAAUGUAAUUAAAUUUGCUUACUUUAGAGUACACUUUUGUUAUCUUUUCUGCAAAGAUUAGUCAUGGAUGAGGAGUGAGGAAACAAAGAAAACAUUAAGAAAUUAACAGUUGUGUAUUAGUUACGACAAUUUUUACUGAAACGUGAUAAUUGAAUUACCGAUAAACGUCUUAAGCUUUUAAUUAGAUGAAAAAAAAACAACAAACAAUUUAAGUAAAUAAAAAAUAACAUGUUGAGCUUUCGUAUGUUUAAACAAAAUAUAAUAUAAAGGUUAUGCCAAAUAACUCAAACAAUACAAAAAACUGUCAUGUAAGUAUACAUUUUAUGUAUAAACACAUAUAUAUAUCGGCUAUAUAUAUAUAUACAUAUCCAAAACAUACAUACAGUGAAAAAAGGAUAAAGGAAAUAAAGAGGAUGGAAGUGGAAGUACAUUUUAUGUGAUUGAACAUGUUACGAAGAUUACGUUACCACUGUAAAUAUUCAGAAUCAAAAUUGGAUUUACCUAUUCAAAAAAGGUAGCACAUAUAUAUAUACAUUUAUAUACGAUUUUUAAAAAAUACAUUUUUUAACAGAUCAUUACAGCAUGUCAGAACAAAAAAGAAUAAGUCACGGAAGGCUUCAACCGAACCAUGAACAAGCGAUUAUGAUGCAAUACAUGUAUCUCAAAGAGGAGUUGGAAGCCAAAUAUAUCGUUGAUUCCCUCUUAACACACCGAGUCUUAGACCAGGAUGACAAGGAUGAGGUAUUAUCUGCCAGAACACGCAAAGACAGAACAGAAAUUCUACUGAAUAAAAUACUACAUGCAGGACCAGGUGAUGCAUUUACAAUAUUUCUUGAAGCUCUGGAGUCUAACAAAUAUGAACACAUUGCCCAGAAGUUAAAAGAGCAUAUUUAUUCAAGUAAGAAACAUUUGAAUUCAUUAAUACAAUUUUAUAUAUUACUUUUAGCGAACAAUUUUAGUUUCUUUUAAAGGGAAAUCAGUUUUUCCUUUCUUAUUUUUAAACAUUUUUUUGCAAAUGCAAUUUAAAAGUGUAUAAGACUAUUCAGUAAGAUUGAAUCCUUUGGGCCUCUUGCCCUCACUAAUGCGUCCUAUUUCAACAUAGUAGGAAAUAUGGAUAUAUAAAUAUUGAACAAAAAUUUCGAAGUAUUGUAACAUUUAAUUCAUGAGUUUCAAGAUGUCUUAACCUCUACUGAAAAAUCUAAAUGCCACAACAUGGUGAUAGCAUUGCUAAAUAUAAUAUUGAACAAUUUGAAAUUUCAAACUUUUUAAUUAAAAGAUGUAUUUAAAAAAAACAACUAUUAAAUGGAAAACAGAAAUCGAUCAAAUAAACAAAAGUUGUUCCAAUUUGAGGGAAUCAAUCUAAAUAAAUUCCUAUAAAUAUUUUUAUACUUGUAAUAUUAAUUUUUUUUAUGUAUAUUAAUUAUUAUUUAUAUUUCAGCACAACACAUAGGGAACGUAAAACCUUCGCUUCUUUAGUCAAGAAAUAAAAGAUGAAAAAUGUUGACAUUCUUUGCUGAAUAAUUAAUAUUAAUUUUAACUGUGUACAAUGAUCAAUUAAACCAUCAGUUUACUUUUUUAAUGUAAAUAAUUAAAUUCAGAGAUAUCUUUAAAUAUAAGAGUUCUUAAUGAUUAUUGUUAACUGUUUAUUUAAAUGACUUUUUUUUUCAAAUACUUCUUAUAAGGAGUUAAUUUUUUUUUCUGUUAUCUUCUUAUUGGUCACUGUAAUAAUCUAUCUUAUCUUGUCCAAAGGGGACACUAAUAAUAUGAUGUAAUCCUAUUUUAAAAUAAAAUAAUCACAUACUAAGAACUGAACUACUUUCAAAACAUGGAUUUGUCCUAACACUGCAGAUAGAAUCUAUAUGGAGAACAAAUUAAUAACUAGAUUUGGUACGUUGUCUCCAUAUGGAUUGAACCAUAUCUUUUUCCUGUUUGGUUUUUCCAAUUAUGUUUAAAUCACUUCCUUUCUACUUCUCUUUACUUUGUUUUUGUCAGGUUUAAGCGCCCUCUCCUAUAUUUUUUCUGUUUUAGGUAGGAUAUAUAUAUUGACAUUAUGUAAAUUUAAUUUAUACUUAUUUAAAUGUGUUGUGUUUGUUUGUAUCAUAUAAUUCUGAUUCGUAUUGAAUUACCUGUGAAGACGCAGUACGGCUGUAAUGCUGUCACGAAUAAAAAGACUUAUGCACCUUG